CACAACCCAUUUCUUCCUUCCUGUUCCAUCCUCUUCAGUCUGCAGACCAGAAGUGAAGGACCAUUCAUCUCUCCUGUCCUCUCCUCUUCAUACAUAUCUGCACUACCCCUCAGCGACUCCAAGCAAACCAAACAUGAUGAGAAACCUCACCUAUGUCCAACUACUCCAGGCUUCCUUUGCCACUGCUUUCUUCUUAACCCUCCUAUUCCAGACCCCAUUGGCUCACCUCAUUCAGCUCCACUCCCACAACCCCACAGUCUCGCUUUCGUUGCCCGUCUGCCUGCUCAUCUCCAUUCUCUACUACUUCUACACUCGUCCAUUCCCAGUUCUAAUGUUAGACUACGCCUGCUUUAAACCUGACUUCGACCGUAAGUUCAGUUUAGAAGCGUGCCUGUAUCUUGUUCGCCGGACUCAACGCUUCUCCUCCAAAAGCGAAGACUUCAUGAUGGGCAUCUGUAAUAAGUCUGGCCUAGGUGAUGAAACCUACUUACCCAGCCCCAUCGCCUUUCAAACAGAGAGCGGAGUGAAGUUAGAAUCCGCCAUUGAAGAAUCCAAAGAAGGGAUCUUCUCAGUCAUUGAUUCACUCCUCUCCAAAACCCAGACCGACCCACGACGUAUAGACAUCGUCAUUGUCACCUCCGGCAUUUUCGCGCCGGUUCCUUCCCUUACGUCCCUCGUAGUCAACCAUUACAGCCUAAGACCAGACGUUAAAACUUUCAACCUCUCUGGUAUGGGUUGUAGCUCAGGCGUCAUUUCCAUCGAUAUGGCCGCGAAGCUCUUGAAAAGCAGCAGACGUAUAGGAUACGCCCUCGUCGUCGUCACCGAGAAUAUCAGCUCGAAUUGGUACUUUGGCCACGACCGCCCCAUGCUCGUCACCAACUGCAUCUUCCGUGUCGGUUGCGCUGCCGCGAUGAUCACGAACGAUUCAAGCUGCCGCGCGGUCGCCAAGAUGGAACUCGUCAACUCGCUCAGGACUCAUCAUGGAGCCGAUGAUAGCGCUUACACAGCAGCGUUUCAACUCGAAGAUGAGGCUGGUAAUCCCGGGGUAGCACUCAAAAAGGACCUGGUUCGAGUUGCUGGCGUUGGCUUGCGUGAGCACAUCCGGUCGCUUGCACCCCGAGUUCUCCCACUGAGUGAACUCGUUUUGUACGCGUACUCGAUCGUAAUGUUUACGUUAUCCAACGGGGAGUCGAAGCCAAAUGUACCUGACUUCACAAAGGCAUUUGAUCACAUCUGUAUCCAUACGGGUGGGAAGGCUGUGAUAGAACAGGUGUCACGAGUGCUACUACUCGGCGACGAGGUGACAGAGCCGGCUCGGAUGUGUUUGCACCGAUUCGGGAACACGUCUGGUAGUCUAGUAUUCUACGAGUUGAGUUAUUUUGAAGCCAAGAAAAGGUUGAAGAGGGGAGAUAAGAUGUGGAUGCUGGCGUUUGGGACGGGAUUCAAGGUGUGUAGCCUGGUUUGGAAAUCGCUGAGUGAUUCGUGCAAAGAAAUUGAAAAUCCAUGGAACGAUUGCAUUCAUCGAUACCCAUUAAAGAAGUGGUAGAAGGUUUCAACUAUCUCAUUGAAAUGGGUGUACAGC